AUGAAUGCACCGUGGAUUGUGUCUGCUGACUUCUCCCAGGUGGAACGAGCAGUGACUUCUGUGGAAGCACAACCUGGGAAGAGCCCUCGUGCUCUGGAGGGUCUUCUUCGACUGGCCGUGCCAUUGGAUAUUACGAAGGAUGGAACCUUUAUACUUUUUCCUGUCUGCAUCCCCGUUGGAGCUUACACGCAUUUGAACUUUGCUUUUCUCUAUAUCGACCCUGACACAUUCGAAGUCACGCCGAUGGACUCCGCUCAGGUCGAUCUGUAUAGCCGCUUCACGGCUCUGAAAGACUCCUCACCAGGCUUGGAAACAUGGAUCUCAGUAGGAGGAUGGGCAAUGAAUGACCCAGGCUCUACCCAAACAACCUUUUCGGAACUGGCGGCGUCCAGCAGUGCUCAAACAGCGUUCAUCAAUUCGUUGAAAUCAUUCAUGGUAGAGUACGGUUUUGACGGCAUGGAUAUUGACUGGGAAUACCCCGGUGCCUCCGACCGUGGCGGAAACUCAGCAGACUACGACAACUUUGUGACGCUUCUCCAGAAUAUCCGCAGUGGACUGGGAGAUGAUUACGGCUUAUCCAUUACCCUGCCUACUAGCUACUGGUACAUGCAGCACUUUGAUAUCGUCAAUAUUGCCAAGACGAUCGAUUGGUUCAAUAUGAUGACCUAUGAUAUCUAUGGAACAUGGGAUGCCACAGUCGAUGAUAUCGGAGCUUAUGUGUACGCCCAUACGAAUCUUACCAUGAUCCGGAAGGGCCUGGACCUGCUGUGGCAUAAUGAUAUUGACCCUAACAUGGUCAAUAUUGGCUACGGGUUUUAUGGGUGCAGUGCGUUACACACUCAGCGACCCAGCAUGCUCAGAUACAGGCUGUCCUUUCAGUUGGGGGGGCUAACUCUUGUCUAUGAUGAAGGAAAUUCUGGCCCCUGCACAAAUACCGAAGGAAUCCUCUCUUACUCCGAGAUCAAGGAGAUUAUCGCAGAUUCCAGUCGCAGCGCCACAGUGACUCUUGACUCCGAAACAGCUGUUAUGAUUGCCGUCUUCGAUGACAAUCAGUGGGUCGGUUAUGACGAUGAGGAGACUCUUCUCAUGAAGCAGGAAUUUGCCGAUUCGGUGUGUAUUGGCGGGUUUCUCACCUGGGCUAUUGAUCAGGAUAACACAGGAGCCUUGUCUGGCGGGGUAUCAAACGUCUCCGAUCUAUACCCACAAACGAACGGCACCAGUAUAGGCGGCGAGAUCUACAUCGGACCCAGUCUCUGGACCAACGAUACCCAGGAAGUUGCAUGUGUCCCUCCUUGCACCUUUAUCCUGCCUCCUUAUCCACUCUCAACCACAUCAGUUGUCACCUGGCCCGCGUUCACCACUUCAGUGCUGGUGAGUCAAGAGGAUGGGACGAUCAUCAGCAAGGAAACAGUGAUCUCUAUCGAUCCGUUCACUAUAACCGAGGUGCCCUUCUGGGCAGUCACUGCGGUUGAAACAAACACUGUCCCUGCCACUAUUGAACCGGAACAGAGCGUCAUGCCGCCACGAAUGACGUUUGUCCUGCCUGGCACCGAGAAUCUAUUCCCAGUUACGCAGGCCGCAUCCACCACCGCGGCUACGCCUACGUCUACAAUCGCAGGCUCAACCUCUGUUUCCAUUUCUACACCGGCUGCUGAUUGGAAUCCGGCUGUGGGCGAUGACUGUAGCGGGUUAUGGCUUGAUGAAUAUUACUGCGUUGCAAUUUCAUCAUCUGGUACAACCUCGAACUCAAUCUCCCUGGGCGUGACCCCAGCCUUCUACUCUACCUCGCACAGCGUCAUCAUUCAGCCGCAACCCACAGUGUCUGUGAUUCUCCCCCCUAGUCUCGUGCCCCCUGUGAGCUACUCCACCGGCACUCCGCCCAGCAGCGGGGGUUGCGGCUCAGACAGUAGCAGUUCUGGCUGCGGAAGUUUGGAUUGUAUUUUGUUCGGAUGCAAUGGCGAAUGCGGCAUCUUCGCUUGUGAUGGCGGUUGCGGGAUUGGAUUCUGCGGGGGUGGUUGUGGAUUGGAAGGGUGUGGUCCGGGAUGUAGUGAAGGCUCCUGUGACCAUGAAGGUGGAGGCGGAGGAACAGGGAGUGAAAGUGACCCUGACGAGGAUGAUGAUGACGAUGACUCCUGCACCUCCAGCCAAACCGCGGAUAUCUGCACGGUGUACAAGCAAGUGAAGACUCCCGGCUUGCUGGUACUUACACAGACGCUCUGCUACACCACCGCCGGAUGCUCGGUUGAAGCAUCGACCACAACCACCACUCUUUCCACUACAGCUGCAGCAUGUGCUCUUCCCACCAUAGCAUCCAACUUCCCCUUUGCGUUUGGCACGGACGGUCCCAUUCUCACCUCCAUUACGAGGUCUCUUUCCGAGUCCAUCAUCAUGACUACUGAUGCGCCUACGUCAAGCACCGAAACUAAGACUGACGAUAGCGGCUCAUCCAGCACCAAGGGCGACGAUAGCGGCUCGUCCGCCACCAGCACGAGCACCUCCACAUCCACCUCCAACCCCUCACUACCCAGCAACUACUACGAACUGAAUCUGUACUCCGAUGAUUCCUGCGGUGAUUUCGUUAUCAGCGCUGAAGGCAGUUCCGACAACGAGUACUCACUGGGCUGCCAGCCCUGUGAUGAGGAGGGGGUAUACAACGGCGUAAUUCCCGUGUUCGACGACUCCCUCUUUUCCAUCACCGUGUACAAAGGAAGCAACUGUGACUCGGACGAUUCGGUUGAAUUGAAGACGUCCGGGACGUGUUACGAUGUUAGUUUUGCAGACAGUGAGGGGUCUUUCAAGAUUGAACUAGCGUGA